ACUGGAAAGAAGGGCGCGGUAGGGUCACAACAGGGUGACUUUUAGUGUCCCCGGCGACCCGCGAGUCCCCCAAGCGCCAGGAGACCUUGAUCCGGACCGAGCUACCUGCGCGCCCCCGGGGAACGAUCGGCGGCCGGGAAGAAGGUGCGGAGCUCGGCCGCUCGGCCCCGGGAGCCCGAGUAGCCCAUGGCGGGCAGCGAUGUGACUUGUGAGGGGCCAUCGCGGAGGGGCGGCGCGACCCAGAGCCCCGGGGCUCCCGGCGGGUUGGGCAGCGAGGCAGCGACGAGCUGCCCCGAGCCGCUGUCCGCUGCUGAAGCUCCGGCCGAGCGCGGCGCACUGCCCGCCUGGAUGCGCCUCUACUUCUACGGGAUGCACGGCAUCACCCUGGACGUGCUGGUGUCCUCCGCCAGGCGCUUCGCCCGCAGCCUGGAUCUGCGGAUGCUGGGCUUCUCGUCCCCCUACCGCUGCCUCUUGCACUCGCUCACCCACUUCGCCCUGGAGCAGCUCUACAAGCAGCGGCCACGCUGCCCCAGCGCCUUCCUUUUCAACUUCCUGCUCUACCCCUGGGCACACGUGGGGCUGCAGACCCUGGCGGGCCAGGCGCUGCUGCUCGGCCUCGGUGGCGGGCCGGGGGGCGCAGUGGCGCCGGGGGCGCUCGACCUAGCGCUGCAGUACGUCCUGGCGCUCUACCACGGCCAAGUGUUCCUGAAGCGCUUCCUGCGUCUGCGGUACCCGCGGCAGCGUCAGCAGCAAACCAGGGACACGCUACCGGCAGCCCCGGACGCCCCAGUCCUUUUAGAGGCUGGUGGACGGCGACAAGGACCCUGCGGCCCCAGGGGCAAAGAAGGAGUCCCUAGCCAGGGACUGCCAGACCUCUUCCGCUUCCUUUUCUUCGGAAUGCAUGGUUUCUUAGAUGAGAUCUUCUUCACCUUCUUCUUCAAUGUUCUGGGGCAGGGGGACGGGACCAGCAGUGGGCACACGUCGCUCUGGUCCUUCUUCAUGUACGGCAGUUGUAGUUUUGUGGUGGAAAAACUCUACUUUCACCUGCACUACAGACGCGGCUGGGGCACCUGGAAGCGGGUGCCCAUCUAUGUGAUCUUUAUCUAUGCUUGGGAGUUGUCCUGGGGUCUGGGACUUCGCAUGUGUGGGGCCUGUUCUUGGGACUAUUCUCACUAUCCCCUCAAUUUCAUGGGCCUCAUCACUUUGAUGUAUUUGCCUGGUUGGCUAUUCCUUAGUGUGUACCAAGACCUACUUUCCAACGUGUUGUGGCGGGUGCAGUAUGUCCCAACGAACUAAGACUGGGGGGGGGGCGGGGGGAGGAAAGAAAGAACCUGACAAAUGGAUGCAAUUUAUUUUUACACAUUUAAAACGAAGUGGUUUUGUUUUCAGCCUUUUUAAUUUUUAUACACUUUACUAAACUCUUCCAAUUUGUUUUACUUGACGUUUUAGUUUUUCCAGACCUCUUGGAAACUAUCUGCAAAGUUGAAUAGUUUGAAAUGUUACUCAAAACUAACUCAAAAUAUUUAACUCAUCAAUAACUUAAACCUUUUCGAGGUCAAACCACUAAACCACUGUACCUUAACUGUACUAUAUCAGAAACCGGUAAUACUCAACUGAACCUCGAAGAGCAAGAACUACUUAUUUUUCUUUUCUUCUAUGAAAGUUUUCAGAUCGGAGAACAGUGAUUUUUAUAAGUUCCUGACUUAAUGAGCUGUUUACUUUCCUUUGAAUGCAAUUUCAUUUUACGUUCUUGCCAUUUUUUUCAAUGGCAGCUGAAACUCCAUGUCUUGUGUGUACAUUAGAAACGCCAGUUCACGCUCUUAAAGUGCCUCUGUCUAGUUUGUAUACACGUGAGAGGAAGCUGGCAAGUGUGAAACGUCCCAGGAACAUGUUUUGACACGAGGAGUCUUUUUUGUCAACUCCAGCAGGUGGCACUGUAUUAAGACAUUUGGUCAUCAUCUUGGAAACGAUUGCUUUCCAGAGUUGACUAGCCUUAAACACUAUUUGUGUUAACGUUAACCAGAACUUGUGUUAUCCACACCUUAGUAACUGUGCAAUAACUUAAAUGUUUACUCCAUAUGUCCCAGGAUCUAGUGAAACUUUAUCACCUUCAAUGGUGUUCUAAGUCUAAGGAACCCUUUUCUACAUAGAGCUUCAAAUAUAGAAACAGUACCUUGGAAUAAAUUGAAUCUGAAUUCUCCCUCCAAGUACAUUAGGCCUAAUUGUUUUCUCUAUUUACGGAUGUGUUUUCACCAUAUUUCUCUCACUUCCCUUUUCUUUUCUUUUCUUUUUUUCUUUCAGGCUCAGAAUCUGGGGUCAGGCCCGAUGUAGUAAUGCACCAUAUAAAUGCAUGGUAGCUUUUUGACAGCUUAUGAUUAAUUAAUGUCUAAAAGCUCCAAAGUUAAAUGAGAUGAUGGAAGCCAUUCUAAGAAAUUAUAUCUAAUUGAUUAAUAAUGUACUCUGAGGGUGGUUGCUGGUUUAUUGUAUUUAGAAGUGAGAGUAGAAUGGAGUGUGGCUCGGCCAACGAUGACUAAUAACCUCUCAGCUUAAAAGAAGAGUAGGAAAACUUAGAAUGCGUAUUAAUGAGUUUGAAUGGUCCAAUUGCCUGUGCUGUAAAAGGGCGAUGUUUUCUAUUUCAAAAAAAAGUUUGCUAGGAGAAUAGAAAAGAAUGUGUAGUUAGACUUGAUGUCUGUCACAAUCCUAGUAACACUAUCCAUGCAUCCAUCCUCCAUCACCUGGAGUUGUGAGCUAAAUUAUAAAUAAUGUCAUAUAGUCAGCUCCACUGUAACAUGGAUGUGGACAAACUAAUUAUUUGCAUCACUAAAGGCUUGGAAGGAAGCUCUAUGUUUGCCAAAGGUUUCUCUUAAGUUCUUGGUGACAUUCUGUAACAGCUCAAAGGCUCCCGAACUGUGCUUGAGGGGAAAAUAUGUAAGCAAAGAUAGAAAAGCUAGAAAGAUGCAAGACAAGGUGCCUGUAAUGUAUCUGUGACACAUGCACGGGACUCUGAGUUAAUUGUGGCACCACCACACAGCUGACAUUCCUGUGAAUGUCCAGUCAGCUCUGUGGCUUCUGAAAUGCUUCAUAAAUUGUCGCCACUCACCUCCAGUAUAUGAUGUAUCAGAGCCAUGGAGGAGCCUAAUCUCCAGUUUCAAAGUCCUGGAACAAAUACCAUUUCAUUCUCCUUUUAAUACUAUCCUCAUUAAGGGAAUAGAGUAAGGUUUUUCACUCAUUAGACUUAUCCAACAAAUAGUUACCCAGCCUCCAGGAAUUAGUAGGCACUACCCAGAACUGUGUAUACAUGGUAUGAACCCAUAGACAAAUCUGUGUCCUUACAGAGCUGGAAAUUGACUGUUUUGAUUCUAUGAAACUGUACUCUGCUUGCUUGCUUAGUUGUUUCUUCAAGGUCAUUGUUUCAGUAAUAGAUGAUGAGCAGCAGGAGCUAUAACUAUCAUCAGUCCUGUCCCUAGCACGUAACAGCCCAUCAUUCCAAAAAAAUAAAAUAAAAUAACCAGUCUCCCUGUUAAUUCUACAAAGUGCUAGCUGUGUAUACAGGAAGUGAUUAGCCUGGCUGGUAAUUCAGGGCUUCUCGAUUUGCGUUUGCCCCACUUCUUAAAGGAGGCAUUUUGCUGUGAUCUUUGACCCUUCAGGAUAAAAGAACCACCAAAUCAUUUAACUUUGUUAUUAGUAGUAGUUUAGGGGCAGAAAUUCUAAGACAGUAUGGUAGUUAAUAUUUUAAGUAGCAUUUUCUCUCUGACAAAACUUCUCUAAAGUGUUUAUGUAUAUUUAUUAUACAGAUAACAAAUUAAGAACACAUUCUUACAUACUAUGCCUUAAGUGAAUAUACAUUCAGUAUAUAUUUUAAGUGUGUAUUUAUAUAUGUGCAUAUAUUUGCUUAACUUGCAACAACCCUUGCUUUUCUAGAUGAAGACAAUAAAACUAAAGCCCAAAUGAAUUCAAUAACUACCGGAGUUAUACAGCUUUUGAGCGUUUAUAUUUGAGUUGGUGGAUACAGGACUCCAGGCUGUUCUUAAAAGCAGCUUGAUUAUGCCUCAGUCUACUGGACUCCAUGGUAGGAAUAUUGUCUGGACUGUUCUUCACUCGACUGUUAGAGAUGCACAGACAUAGCGAAUGAAUAUAAGCAGGAUAUAUAACUGACAAUCAGCCUUCUUUUACUCCGUAGAUAAUGCCUUUAUAUUUAAGCAGUGCUCUGAAAGGAAGUUCUUCCUAUAGACUCCUAUAAGAUAAUUUUGCAACAAAAAAUGUAAGAAUAAUAGGCUAAUAUGCAAGGUAUAUCAUUAUCACAAGCUAUGAAUGUGCAGAUACAUUAAUCACCACUAUACACUAAACAUUAUAUUUAGAGCAGGUGUUGUUGUGAGGACUAACCAGCCCCAAAGAAAGAAAGUUUGUAGCCCAGUGUGCUGGCACACAACUGUAAUCCUAAUACUAAAGAUGCUGAGGCAGGAGGAUUGCAAAUUUGAAGUCACCCUAGAGCACAUAAUGAUAUCUUGUUUUAAAAAAAAUAACACUGUUCUUACAAAGACAUGUAUUCUGAGUUCUACUGAAGAAAAGAUGUUCUUGUAGAAAAGCCUAAAAGUAGCAAGUGUGCUUAACAUAUGCAAUGCUGAGAUUUCUUUUUAGAAGUACUUGAAAUCUUAAGUGAGUUCUAUUGAUUUCUGUGAAUCUAAAGAGGAGUAUAAGCUCUUGAAUUUUCAUGUGAACAAUGAAUACAGAAGUCCAAAUAUCGAAGAAAAACUGCCAAUAAAGUUGCUAACAUUGUGUUAGUUCAAACAUU